UAGAAAAGUCUUCUCUCUCUCUCUCUCCCUACUUCUUCGUCUCGUCGUCCUCUGGAAUUUCAACUAAUCUCUCUCUCUCUCUCUCUCAUCUCUGCAAGAGAUGGCCUACCACAACCACCUGACGCAAGAGAUAACCCUUCCAGCCUACGCCGACCAGCAUCUAGUUGAAGACGCCGGAAAAUCACCAACCGUUGCCGCAGCCGCCACGGCGCGGCACCUCGCCGGCGGGCCAUCGUGGCUGAACAACCCCAUCCUCCGACAACCCCACCAAUUCGUGGACGGCAGCUUCCUCCACCUCCAAACCGCCCCGGCUCCCUUCCGGUCCGCCGACGACGAAGUCCCCGCCUCCAGUGACUCCAUAAUCGUCGCCACAGCCGGCGAUGAAGAAACCCCGGCGGGCAGCGGCGAAGCUGUUGAAGGCACGUGGCAGAGGGCUCGGUACAAGGCAGAGAUACUGGCCCACCCUCUCUACGAGCAGCUCCUGUCGGCACACGUGGCGUGCCUACGGAUCGCCACGCCGGUGGAUCAGUUGCCGAGAAUCGACGCUCAGCUCGCCCAGUCGCAGCAAGUUGUCGCUAAGUACUCUGUCAUGGCCGGCGGCCAGAUGCUGGCUGGAGAGGAGAAGGAGCUCGAUCAAUUCAUGACGCACUAUGUAUUAUUACUUUGUUCAUUCAAAGAACAACUACAACAGCAUGUUCGUGUGCAUGCAAUGGAAGCAGUAAUGGCCUGCUGGGAGUUAGAACAGUCUUUGCAAAGUUUGACAGGUGUCUCACCUGGUGAAGGCACUGGUGCAACAAUGUCAGAUGAUGACGACGAUGAUGAUCAAGCUGAUGGUGAAACAAACUUCUAUGAUGGAAGUUUUGAUGGCUCAGACAGUAUGGGCUUUGGUCCCCUCGUACCUACCGAAAGUGAAAGAUCACUAAUGGAGCGUGUUCGACAAGAACUAAAGCAUGAACUGAAAAAUGGAUACAAGGAGAAGAUUGUAGACAUUAGAGAAGAGAUUUUACGUAAGAGGAGAGCUGGAAAACUCCCUGGUGAUACAACUUCUACUCUAAAGGCUUGGUGGCAGUCCCACGCUAAGUGGCCCUAUCCAACGGAGGAUGACAAGGCAAGGCUGGUACAGGAGACUGGGUUGCAAUUGAAACAGAUCAAUAACUGGUUCAUCAACCAAAGGAAGCGAAACUGGCACAGCAAUCCAUCCUCCUCAACUGCAUUGAAGAGCAAGAGAAAAAGGAUUGCAGGUGACAGAAAUCUGAAGGGAUUGGAAGGGACACAAGGAAAGCUAUUGAAUUGGUCUGAAAUUUAAGAAGGCCUCAAAGAAGAAUGAACUGAUGUUAGGACAAGGAGGAGGUAGCUCUGCAAGCAAAUUGUUCCUUCUGUGAACAUAGUAAACAAAUUGUUACAUGCAGAGGCAGUCUUUGUAUCUCAUUAGAUAAAAUGAUCCAUGAUUAGCAUUACAUGUUCAAAAUUGUUUGCAGACUUUAUUCUCUCUCUUUUCAAAUUACCAGCUAAAUUAAAGUUUAAUUUUAAUGUUUUACUUGAUUUUCUUAAUAAGAGAAUACUGGUGUGGUUGUACAGUAGUGCGAUAAUAUUUAUUGCAGCAUAUUGAUUACAGUGUUUAA